GAUUAGCAACCCUCGACUGGCAGCCAUUCUCUCAACUGAAUCUCGCUACCGCUCCCCCUCGUGGCGUUCGUCCAGCACGAGAUCUGGUCUAUCUGUCCUUUCAAUCAAACGCGCUCUAGCAGCAUCAGUGAACCACCACUGCGACUAACACCGACACCAGCGACGUUAAGAACUCAGCAUAGUUUGAUAGGUUUGUGGAGAAGCCGCGAAAGAGCAGGAAUAGGGUCGCGCCUGCGACCAAGGCACAGAAUAGCAAAUAACCUAAGGUCUUUUUUCUCCAUCCCUCUCGCCCACAGAGUAGCGACGUCCUGCAACAGAGCGGUCCGUCUCAACUUUCCUCCGUUGCUCUUUAUUGUCAUUAUCGGUAGAGUUAGCAACAUCGACGCGGGCGACAUCAGCGGUUGCGGGGAGACGCGGUGAGAACAUCAAGCAUGAACCGUUAGAAAAAGGCCCGCCAGAGUCCACAGUGUGUCAGUGAUCUUGAUGGAAGCGGUCGCACAGUGAUCGUCGGACUUUUGGUGACGGUGACUAGGAGCUAAUGUAACACAGUGAUACAUUCGUACUGGCGCGUGAGGUUGUCCUGAGAUGAGAGUGGGUCCGCUCGGCAGAAAACGGGCAGACGGCGAACGGUGCUGAACAGUGAGAUAGGAUAAUGGUACUUUGAAGUUAGAGAUAGAAAAGAAAACAAGCAAAAAAAAAAAAAAGACAGGAAAUCUUCGUGCUUUGUGUACUUCUGUAGCCACGUUGGUCUCUCGCAUAUUAUUUACUCUGUGGCAGUUAUAAAUAGAACGUUCUGAAAAGCAUCAUAACAAAAGAAAAUGUCUCCUGUAGCCAGCGUAAUGUUGGCCAUAUUAGCGUUGAGCUUAAAAGCAGCGCGUGGUGCACCUGAGUGCGUUUCAUUAAAAGCGUUGAUAGAGGUCAAAGAACAGCUGACUGAUGAACUGCAGGCCACGGCCCAACAGUUAGUACCAAUGGCCAUCAUUCUAGAAAGAAUCGAAACGAGACUUGAAAUGAUCAGUAGCAGGCCCGUUGUCAUACCCACGCAACAACAACAGUCAACGGGACUAUCAAAUGACGUAUUUGAUAAUAGGUUACGAAGUCUUGAAGGCUCGGUAUCAGCCCUACAACGGAAGUUCGACGAGAAGCUAGAUCAGUCUCUUGAUCGAGUUGUCUCUGUUGAAAACAAGCGCGAGGAACAAGAGCGCAUCUUCACCGAUAUUCUAAAGAAAAUCCUCAACACUGUAAACACGGUAUAUGAACGACUGCAUACGAGCUCCGGUGAGAACAAAGGACGUUCGAGUAGUAUCGCUACUUCGGGCAAUCGAAGCCCGCCCAAUACACAGCAGUUCCUCUUCCUUCAGGACUCAAUGGAAUCCCUCAGUCGUGAGUUCAAAGAGAAACUCGACGUUUUACAGGAGAGGUUAAGUGACUCGAUCAACGAAGUUACCAUGAUGACCCGGUUAGCUUCUGAAAAAGUUUCCUACAUCUCGGAGAACAUGAUUCUGACCGAGGAUAUGCAACGCAUGGGGGAAAAUAAUCCACGAAUUGUUGAAAAUGACAUGUCGAAGGUUAUAGAGGAGGUGCGCGACGGAUUCAAACGCUGUACCCGGGCUGUAGUAAAUGCUCCACCGAUGGCCCAGGUGCUAUUACAGUCUUCAAGCUCGUCGAAUAUGGUAGCAACGCAGCUCCCCCGUUCUACACCUAUUCCUGAAUUAUCAUUUUUCGUUGGGCCCAAACGAGACGACUGCAAAAUGUCAAGCAGCGUUACGGUUCCCCACAACUGCGACCAGCUCAGACAAGCCGGCGCUAACUGUGAUGGUCCCUACAUUGUCUAUGAUGCGCAGGGAAAGAAACCUAUGAAAGUGAUGUGUGACAUGACAGGAGGUGGAUGGACCCUGGUGCUUCGCCGUGGCCCAAAGGGCAAUGCCCAACCUCUCUCAUUCGAUCGUAGCUGGGCUUCUUAUAAAUAUGGCUUCGGUAACAUCCAGGACGAGUUCUACUUCGGCAACGAAUACAUUCACAAGCUAACUGAGACACCAAAAAUGCUCCGGGUUGAGCUGGAGUCAUUUGACGGUGACAGGAUAAUACUCGACUACGAAAAUUUCGUUGUAGAGAACGAAAAUGACAACUACCGCAUGCGUGUUGGCCGGUAUCUUGGAAACAACACAAGAGUGGGCAAUGCGUUCAGACGACAUAACGACAAACAGUUCUCUACUGCUGAUAAGGUUUCGGGCCCGCGUCACUGCCCCGUUGAUCACAGGGCGGGUCAUUGGUGGCAUUCAUGCUACAGUGUUCUUCUAACCGGAGAGUACGCUACGCCCUCUACCGGAACGACGAAAAAUGGCAUUAGGUGGUCGACUUGGAAAGCUGAGCCUCUUAAGGCUGUCGUGCUCAAGAUCCGAGAGAUGCAUCGAACACAAAAACUAUCUUAAGACAACACAUAUUCAUGGUUUGACGAAUAUCCUUCAAGCUUUAAGGAAAAACUUAUCGAUUUGAUAUUUGAAGGGAAGUUCUACACACACACGUAGACGCCACAGCUGGAUCCACUAUAUUGUACUAACAAUAUUUGUGCUCCUUAUUAGAAAGUACACUUUGAUAAUAAACGCUCCUAACGGGCUCGAGCAACAGGGCUAUAAAUAUUCAACUAUGCUAGGUAUGAUUUGAGACCCUCCAGCAAAAGCACUUUGAACAAGCUUUUGUAUGUUUCAAUGUACGGCAAAAAAAUACCACUUAUAUUAUGCAUGUAGACACAGGGUCCACACUGGAAAACUUAGCUGAUCCUAUAGGACAAACGGUUUAUCUCCAUUGGGUACAACGGCAUUCGAAUUAUCAUCUACAUUUACAGAAGAUACACGAUGUGAGGUAACUUCAGUUUAGAAAAUUGUAUGAGUUAAGAACGAUUGAGGUUGUGUAUUUCUGAAGGACUAAACCGGCGUAUAAAUUCUGUAGCAGAGAAAAGCUUGAAUUAGGCCAUCGUCACUGACAAAAACACUUGACGAUCUUCGAUGGUGGCCGAAGACAAAAUGAAAAAUGCUCAUUUUGCUAUUAGAAUCAUACUUACGAGAGGUUAGGUUAGGAUAUAUUUCACUUUAUUACACAAUGGCGAACGCAUUGAAUACUGAUAGUCGAUAUUAUGAUAUGACUAUAAGAAAUGCACAUUUGUGUGCAGUACCAGAUGUUAUUCAAUGAUCCCGUAUUGCCGCUUUUGUAUAUACAUAAAGAAACAAGCAGGGUCACAUGCUACUCGUACAUGAAGCCGCAUACCAGGUCGGUGCAACAACAAGUACUUCAACGAUACCUUUAUUUGCUUAGAAAUUCAUCGAAACAAGUAUAGAAAGUACAUAGGCAGGACGCCAGCAGUAGAAUCUUGCCAAUAGAACAUUAGCAUUCAUCUUUCGAAACUAUAUAUGUACACGUUUUAAAAAGUAAAAAAAAAAAAAUUGUAGACAU